AUGUCAUUACCAUUAGAAACUGAAAUUACUUUACCAAAUGGUGUUCAAUUCUCACAACCAACUGGUUUAUUCAUUAAUAAUGAAUUUAUAAAAUCAAAAGCUGGUAAAACUUUUGAAUCAAUUAAUCCUUCAACUGGUGAAGUUAAUGCUACUGUUUAUGAAGCAUUAGAUGAAGACGUUGACUAUGCUGUUAAUUGUGCUGAAAAAGCUUUACCAGAAUGGAAAAAAUUAACUGGUGUUGCAAGAGGUUUAUUAUUAAAUAAAAUUGCUGAUGAACUAGAACAAAAUAGAGAAUUUUAUGGUGCUGUUGAAGCAUGGGAUUCAGGUAAAAAUUUCAAGAAAAAUGCUGUUUUCGAUAUUGACGAAUGUAUUUCAUGUUUUAGAUAUUAUGCUGGCUGGGCUGAUAAAGUUACCGGUAAAGUUAUUCAAAAUGAUCCAAAAAAAUUGGCAUAUACUGUUCAUGAACCAAUUGGUAUAAUAGGUCAAAUUGUUCCAUGGAAUUAUCCAAUGGCUAUGUCUUCGUGGAAAUUGGCUCCUGCUUUAGCUGCUGGUAAUGUUGUUAUUUUAAAAACUUCAGAAAUUACUCCAUUAUCAAUGUUGGUUGUUGCCAAAUUAUUUAAAAAAGUUGGUUUUCCAGCUGGUGUUGUUAAUAUAAUUUCUGGUUAUGGUGCAAGUGCUGGUAAUGCUUUAACAAGACAUCCAAAAGUUCAUAAAAUUGCAUUUACUGGUUCAACUGCAAUUGGUAAAUUGAUUCAAAAAACUGCUGCUGACACUAUGAAAUUAGUUACUUUAGAAUGUGGUGGUAAAUCUCCAAUGAUUAUAAGACAAGAUGCAGAAUUGGAUCAAGCUAUUAAAUGGGCGGCAAUUGGUAUUAUGUCAAAUCAAGGUCAAAUUUGUACUGCAAAUUCAAGAAUUUAUGUACAUGAAUCUGCAUAUGAUGAAUUUUGCAAAUCAUUAGUUGAUCAUGUUAAAUCUAAAUAUAAACAAGGUUUAAUGUUUGAUAAAGAUUGUAUUGUUGGUCCACAAGUUUCCAAAAUGCAGCAUGAUAAAAUUUUAAAAUAUUUAGAUAUUGGUAAACAAGAAGGUGCAAAAGUUUUAUUAGGCGGUGAAAAGAAUACCGAAGGUGAAUUAUCAAAAGGUUUCUUUAUUAAACCAACUAUAUUUGCUGACGUUAGACCAGAUAUGAGAAUUGUCCAAGAAGAAAUUUUUGGUCCUGUCGUUUCAAUUGCUAAAUUUUCAAAUGAUGAUGAAGCAAUUCAAUUAGCAAAUUGUACUCAAUAUGGUUUAGCAGCUUCUAUUUUUACUAAAGAUUUAGUUGCUGCUCAUUCAAUGGCUGGUAAAAUUGAAAGUGGUAUGGUUUGGAUUAAUUCAUCAAAUGAUGAAGAUGUUCGUAUACCUUUUGGUGGUGUUAAACAAUCUGGUAUUGGUAGAGAACUAGGAGAAUAUGGUUUAGAUAUGUAUACUCAAGCAAAAGCAAUUCAUGUUAAUUUAGGAACAAGAUUGUAG